CGGCACCGACUCUCCCUUGUCGGGGCUUCCGGCUAUCCUGUGGAGCUGAUCCACAGCCUCAGGCUCCGGGACCUGGCGCUGGUGGCGGCGGAAUCGCGUUCGUGACGUGCCCGGCGCGCGCGUGACGCCAUCAGUCAUCGCCGCGAGCGUCCGCAGGCGCUGCGACUGCCUGCGCUGCGAGAAUCCCUCGGAGAUGCUGCGGUUGUUCCAGGCCGCUUCCCGGGCCUGGCUUCGACCCUCUGGCUCCCGGGUCGCCAGCUCUCUAGCGGAAGGCGCGGUGAGGCCGACCGAGAUUUCCGAGCCGCAAGAUAGCGCGGGUCUCCAAGAUCCUGUUUUGCGCAAGUGCGAGCUUCGGAUCCCGGCGCACCUGCGCCCGGUGCAAGCCUGGGUCGAGUCUCUCCGAGGAUUCGAGCAGGAGCGCAUCGGCCUGGCGGAGCUGCACCCCGACGUGUUUGCAACGGCGCCCCGGCUGGACAUUCUGCACCAGGUUGCCAUCUGGCAGAGGAACUUCAGGAGAAUCAGCUAUGCUAAGACCAAGACCAGGGCUGAGGUGAGGGGUGGUGGCCGCAAGCCCUGGCAACAGAAAGGCACUGGCCGUGCCCGGCAUGGCAGCAUCCGUUCUCCCUUAUGGCGAGGGGGAGGUGUAGCCCAUGGUCCCCGGGGCCCUACAAGUUACUACUACAUGUUGCCCAUGAAAGUGCGGGCUCUGGGCCUCAAGGUGGCCUUGACUGUCAAGCUCAUGCAGGAUGAUCUACACAUUGUGGAUUCACUGGAGCUACCCACUGCAGACCCCCAGUACCUGACAGAGUUGGCUCAAUACCGCCACUGGGGGAGUUCCGUGCUCCUUGUAGACUUAAUACAUGAAGAGAUGCCCAAGAACGUCGUGGCAGCCACUGCAGGGCUCAAAAGCUUCAACUUGAUCCCCGCAGUUGGCCUGAAUGUGUACAGCAUGCUCAAACACCAGACUCUGGUCCUCACCCUGCCUUCUGUCAACUUCCUGGAGGACAAGCUACUCUGGCAGGAUUCAAGAUACACAGCACUCUACCCCUUCCGCUUGCCCUACAGUGACUUCCCCUAACCCUGUCCGGUCACCUAGGGGCCUGCCUCACUUGGGGGCAGGUCAACACCCUAGCCAUCCUUCGAAAAACGGCAGUUUCUUGGAAGCUAUUGGACCUUGUUGCCAGGAGGGGACAACUGCACAGAGCCAAGAUGAGUGCCUGCAUGGGAUCUCUCUUGUCACAUAAAAAAUAAACCCUAUUUUUCACAAGACUUGGAAAUGGAGCUGGUCACUGCUGUGGGAUCCUGUCAGCUCUUAGGCUGUUCAUCCAGUGUGGGGUAUUCCUGAUGCCUCUCUUCUAGGGCCCACAACCUGCUUUGCUACAGACUGCCAGGAGGGAUUCGCCCUCCUGAAGCCCAUGUUGGAGCUUGCAUAGGUGCCAAGCCAGCAGCCUGUCCUCUCACCUCUAGGAGGGCCUGCCACCUGGAUGCCAGGCAGGCUUGCUUACAGCUUCCUUCAGAGUCAGAGCCAGUGGCUUGUGUUCUUAUGAUAAAAGAAAUAUAAACCUAUUUAAAGA